UUGCGCGCCUCUCGCCAACAUGUUCAUCAAGAACCUCGUCCCUCUUUUGAGCCUUGCCGGCGCCGUGCUUGCUGAGCCCAUCCCUCAAGCAGCAGCCACCUCAACAUCUGACGAUGGGGGAGCCUACGUGGGAGCCGCCACAACAACAACCGACGACUCAGCCUACGUUGGAGCCGCCGCAACCACCUUCGCCGACCUCCCCUAUCCCUCAUUCGCUCCCUCUGAACAAUCCUCCAUCGAGUCUCUCCUCGCCGGUGUCCCCGCGCUUCCCACAUCUCUCGAGUCCGCCGUGGAGUCCGCAAUGCCCAGCUCCUUCGCCACCACCGACGCCGAUUGCAAUGGCUGGUACUCGAGCCUGCCCCCCGACGUCAAGAGCGGCUUGACCAGCUGGAUCAGCGCCGUCAGCACCUGGUACGACGUCCACAGUACGGAUAUCCCCAGCCAAAUCGCCCCGCAGUCCCUGCCCUCCAUCCCGACCGGGAAGUGCGCCCCUGGAUCCGGAGCCUCGACGGCCGCCGCUACAACUACGAGCGGGGCUACGGAGACAAGCAAGCCGGGCAGCACAUCUUCUGGGGCUACAGCUACUUCAACGGCUGCUUCUUCGGGGGCUACUGGAUCUGCAUCAGCUGGAACGGCUACUACUUUGAAGACUACAUCUACUGGAUCUGCAUCUGCAUCAGCUGGAUCGGCAGGACCAAGUUCGUCAUCGCAGGCCGCGGCUCCCCGUGCUACCGGGGCUGUGGCGGCUACUUUCGCUGGACUUGUCGGCAUGCUGGGUGUCAUGGCCGCUCUGUAAAGUGAUACUAGUAUGUUUAAGUUAAUUAGGAUAGGGGCGUCGGGUUCCAAUAUAUGGACAUAUAUGACUGUUAAAAUAGAGCGCCCUUCAUAUAUUCUAGAAGAUGCAUUCCAACCAUGAUAGAUAAAACUUCAAAGCCGUUUGUUUAUUUCACAAUGAUUCCUUCCGAACCAAAUG